CCAGUGGUGUGCAUGUGAGCUGCUCGACUCCUUCCUCCUCCCACCUCUAUACAGCAACCCUCCCCCCUCUUUUGUGAGGUCUGCAGAUAAGAGACAGAAGGGAUCGGAGCUGGCAGGCUGGCAGGGAGGCAGGCGAUCACUACUAUUUUACUGCAGCAGAAGGAGAGAAGAGAUCGGAGCACUGCGGACUGACGUGUGGAUCACAUAGGCUCAUCCAGGAUGACAGGGAGGCAUUGCCCAUGAGAUCAUCACCCCCUAUGCACACAGCAGCCCCCAACCACUGAAUGGCAAUUGACAGGAUGAGACCCCCCAGUCACCCCAGACUCAUCGUUCCCCAGCGCCAAUGAAUCAGAUCGCCUCUUGUUGUUGUGUAGAGGAUGAUGGAUGGACUCUGAAGGUAGCAGCGAUCUUGUGAAUCACACUGAUUGUAGACAGUUGGGCUCAUCUGUGAUCGCUCCAUCGCCAGUCCCCUGCGGAUUAUUGCGAGUGCAGCAGAUUGGAAAAUGGCCACACUCCUGCGAAAAAUAGGACUCAUUCGCCUUAAUGACAGGGACACCGAGGACCCCAAGCACCACCACCACCGCAACCAGCAGGGAUCUCUGAAGAACAGCAAGGGGAAGAACAGCAGCAACAAGCCGCAGCAGCAGCAGCAAGGAGGUUCAGCAGGAGGAGGUGGUGGUGGUGGUGGGAGUAGCGGCGGCGGCGGCGGCGGGGGCAGCGGUGGUGGCUGCUGCAGCAAUAACUCCACAAGCACCGAAGGGAUGCUCGGCCAGGCUGACAUCAAGGGCAAAAAGACUGAGCAGGCUCACAAGGACAAGCAUGGGACAGCUGGAGGCAAGGACAAGAACAGUGCCAAAGAGACUAGCACCCCGACCAUUACAAAAGAAGCCGGGGGAGGGGGCAACAAGCAAAGUGGGGGCUCCUCCUUGCAACCCCUGGUGCCCCCCAACAGGCAGCACUGCACCCAGGUGAGGAGCAGGCGGCUGAUGAAGGAGCUUCAAGACAUCCGCAAACUGAGCGACCACUUCAUUUCGGUGGAGCUGGUGGAUGACAACCUCUUCGACUGGAAUGUCAAGCUUCAUCAGGUGGACAAGGACUCCACCCUCUGGCAGGACAUGAAGGAGACCAACACCGAGUUCAUCUUGCUCAACCUCACCUUCCCGGACAACUUUCCCUUCUCCCCUCCUUUCAUGAGGGUGCUGAGCCCCAGAUUGGAGAAUGGCUAUGUGCUGGAUGGUGGUGCAAUCUGCAUGGAGCUCCUUACCCCCAGAGGAUGGUCCAGUGCCUACACGGUGGAGGCAGUCAUGAGGCAGUUCGCAGCCAGCCUUGUUAAAGGGCAGGGUCGUAUCUGCAGGAAAGCUGGAAAAUCUAAAAAGGCCUUUAGCCGAAAGGAAGCAGAAGCAACAUUCAAGAGUUUGGUGAAGACCCAUGAGAAGUACGGCUGGGUCACCCCACCUGUAUCUGACGGCUGACAUGAAACCCCCAGCUAAAACAGACUUCUAGGAAGGGAACCACCUCAUCGAGAAAAUGAAUAAAUAUAUGAAUAUAUUUAAGAAAAAAGAUCGCUAUGCCAUCUCCUCAAUGCUGUACAUUAUCAUUCAUCUAUUUGUCCUUUUCUACUUCAGCUUCAGUUAAAGAAUGUGAUUGACAGGAAGACAUAAUUUAUUUAUGAUGUUCACAAGUGUUUACAUUGGAAGACAUGGAAGAAAAGCAGUAUUGGCCACCGAAUGUCGUGUUACAAUCAUGUCUCCAGACUGAUGAGCGAUCGUCUUCAGGUCACCAUAGAGAGGAGAUUGAGAUUGCUUCAUUGUCCAUUCUAGACGCAUGAUUUUUUCGGCUUCUUUCCAUGACAGCAGCGCCAAAAUGCAGCAGUGGAAGUUCUGUCCACGGCUGCCCAGUUUAUGUAAAUGUAAUUGAAGCCGUUAAUAUUUAAUAGGCAAGCAGUGCAUUGCAGGUACAUGUUUGCUGUGCUGUUUAUCUUUGUCUCUUUUCCUGGCAGGUCGACACAACAUUGAAGAUUUGUCUUUAUGUGGAGAUGUGGUCCGCUGUGACUCAAACUUUAGACCUCAUUUGUGUUCGAUGUGAUCUGUGUUGGAUAACUGACGAAAUAUAACAGUGGAAAUAAUAAUGAAUUAUAGUGUGGAACAAUUGUAAAAUAAAAAUCACUUAAAAGUGAGUUAAGUGUA